AUCCAUUCCAUCAACACAGCCCUUACACAGGGACGGAGGAGGAGGACAGUUGCUGUGUGACAGUAGAAAAAGCAUGGAUGAUGUUAUCCUGAAGGGAUCACAUAGAUGCUGUCACUUGACUGGUUUGAAAUGGGUUUGAUCUUUUUUAAAAGAAAACAGUAUAUUUUUUAACCAAUCCAUUCACGUAACUAGAGACAGUUGAUGUUACUGUUUUGCAAAAAAAAAAAUGUCAACUUCAAGUAGUCUUUCAAAAAGAACAGCAGCCUGGUAAAAUCGAAAGAUAAAAGGAAAAUAAUUUCGGAGAUCGCCUAGUGUAAACUAAUCAUAAUGUAUCCAUGAGGACCAGAAGAUGCUCGAAUUUCUCUACCUCCCCGGUGCAUUUUCCGUGGUCGUGGACCCUCUUCAAGUGCCAUCCGCGGGGGUCGCUUCCCUUUUCGCCCCUCUUAUAUAAUCAAUGAAUAAGACGAAUGUUUCAAGCCAGGGUUAAUUUUUUUAUCGGAAGACAUCCACCACCAGCGUGAUACACUCGGGGCUGCACGGACAAUGUGCAGCAGAUAUUCUAUCAUAAACAAGACGUGUGUUUACGAUGAUGGGACCGCGGACACCGACAGAGCCAGACGCUACCAUGAGCCCGCUGCGUCGAUCCUCGAGAUCCCAUGGUGACAGGUCUGACUCCACGGAGACCCUCCAGAAGAACAACAGCAGCAACAGUGGAGUUAUUCUGGACAUCUCAGCCCUCAAGUUGGAGGUGGACUCUGAGGUCCCUCCUCUACCGCCCCGCUACCGCUUCAGGGACCUGCUGCUGGGGGACCAGUCCUUUCAGAAUGACGACAGGUAUCAGGAAGAGUACAGUAUGGACUCUACCAACGCCCAGGUUCAGGUGGAGUUCUAUGUGAAUGAAAACACCUUCAAGGAGAGGCUCAAGCUGUUCUUCAUCAAAAACCAAAGGUCAAGCCUGAGGAUCCGUCUGUUUAACUUCUCCUUGAAGCUGUUGACGUGUGCCCUAUAUGUCCUCAGAGUGUCUCUGGAUGAUCCCGAACAGGUCACUGGUGUAUGUGUGAACUGUCAGAACCGAACAAGCACCACAGCAGAAUCUACAGAAAGCACCGAAAUCAACUGGGAGUUGAUUUUCUGGGUGAACAGAAGGGUACCUGUGUGGGCGAUACAGGUGAUCGUGGCCUUAAUCAGUUUCCUGGAAGCCAUGCUCCUUACAUAUCUCAGCUACAAAGGGAACAUCUGGGAGCAGAUGUUCCAGAUCUCCUUCAUCCUGGAGAUGAUCAAUACCGUGCCGUUUAUAAUCACUAUCUUCUGGCCUCCAUUGAGAAACAUCUUCAUCCCAGUGUUUCUCAACUGCUGGUUAGCCAAGUGUGCCCUGGAGAAUAUGAUUAAUGAUCUCCAUCGUGCCAUUCAGAGGACCCACUCGGCCAUGUUCAACCAGGUUCUCAUCCUCAUCUGCACCCUACUCUGCCUGGUCUUCACUGGGGCAUGUGGUAUCCAGCAUCUUGAGAGAGCGUCCAAUCAGAACCUGACUCUGUUCAACUCUCUGUAUUUCUGCAUUGUCACCUUCUCUACCGUGGGCUAUGGUGACGUCACACCUCAUAUCUGGCCCUCUCAGCUGCUGGUGGUUAUUCUCAUCUGUGUGGCUCUCGUGGUCCUCCCGCUACAGUUUGAGGAGUUGGCCUAUCUGUGGAUGGAGCGUCAGAAGUCAGGAGGGAACUACAGCAGACACCGUGCCCAGACAGAGAAACACGCCGUCCUGUGUGUCAGCUCUCUGAAGAUAGACUUGCUCAUGGACUUCCUCAAUGAGUUCUACGCUCAUCCUAGAUUACAGGACUACUAUGUGGUGAUCCUGUGCCCUACGGAGAUGGACAUCCAGGUGCGCCGUGUCCUCCAGAUCCCCCUGUGGUCCCAGAGGGUCAUCUAUCUCCAGGGCUCAGCGCUCAAAGACACAGACCUCAUGAGGGCCAAGAUGGAUGAUGCAGAAGCCUGUUUUAUCCUGAGCAGUAGGAAUGAGGUGGACCGCACUGCGGCUGACCACCAGACCAUCCUCAGAGCCUGGGCUGUGAAGGACUUUGCCCCAAACUGCCCCCUGUAUGUCCAGAUACUCAAACCAGAGAACAAAUUCCACGUGAAGUUUGCUGAUCACGUAGUGUGUGAGGAGGAAUUCAAGUUCGCCAUGCUGGCCCUGAACUGUGUUUGUCCAGCCACAUCCACACUGGUCACACUCCUGGUGCACACUUCCAGAGGACAGGAAGGCCAGCUGUCUCCAGAACAGUGGCAGAGGACGUACGGACGGUGCUCGGGGAACGAGGUCUACCAUAUCCGCCUCUGUGACAGCAAGUUCUUUGGGGAGUAUGAUGGGAAGAGUUUCACAUAUGCCUCCUUCCACGCACACAAGAAGUAUGGUGUGUGUCUGAUCGGGGUGAAGAGGGAGGACAACAAGAGCAUCCUGCUGAACCCUGGUCCUCGCCACAUCAUGGCUGCCCCAGACACCUGCUACUACAUCAACAUCACCAAGGAGGAGAACAGCGCCUUCAUCUUUAAACAGGAGGAGAAGGACAACAAGGGCCUGCCGGUGGCCGGGCUGUACGAUGCCCCCUCCAGGCUGCCUGUACACAGCAUCAUCGCCAGUAUGGGGACGGUCGCCAUGGACCUCCAGAACCCGACGGACCCCCCAGAGGACAGCAGCAAACUGACCCUGCCCACAGAGAACGGGUCUGGAAGCAGACGGCCCAGCAUCGCCCCCGUCUUGGAGAUCGCUGACUCCUCCUCCAUCCUGCCCUGCGACCUGCUCAGUGACCAAUCAGAGGACGAGACCAACCAAUCAGACGAGGAGAGCUCGUCGGUGUCCGAUUUUGUGAAAGGAUAUCCUCCCAACUCGCCGUACAUUGGCAGCUCUCCAACCCUGUGCCAUCUCUUACCCCAGAAAGCCUCGUUCUGCUGCCUUCGUCUGGACAAGGGUUGCAGGCACAACAGUUUUGAGGAUGCCAAGGCCUAUGGUUUUAAGAACAAGCUGAUCAUAGUAUCUGCAGAGAUGGCAGGGAACGGCCUCUAUAACUUCAUCGUCCCUCUGCGGGCCUACUACCGCCCCAGGAAAGAGCUCAACCCUAUCGUCCUGCUAUUAGACUACCCGCCUGACAACCACUUCCUAGAAGCCAUCUGCUGUUUCCCAAUGGUCUACUUCAUGGCCGGAACUAUAGAUAACCUGGACAAUCUUCUGCAGUGUGGCAUCAUCUAUGCUGAUAACCUGGUGGUGGUGGACAAGGAGAGCACCAUGAGUGCUGAGGAGGACUAUAUGGCAGACGCCAAAACCAUAGUCAACGUACAGACCAUGUUCAGGCUGUUCCCCAGUCUUAGUAUCAUCACUGAGCUGACCCACCCCUCCAACAUGAGAUUUAUGCAGUUCAGAGCUAAGGACUGCUAUUCUCUGGCUCUCUCCAAACUAGAGAAGAUAGAGCGUGAUAAGGGUUCCAACCUGGCCUUCAUGUUCCGUCUGCCGUUCGCUGCAGGCAGAGUGUUCAGUAUCAGUAUGCUGGAUACGCUGCUCUACCAGUCAUUUGUGAAGGACUAUAUGAUUCCCAUAGCAAGACUUCUACUAGGCCUGGACACGACACCAGGGUCGGGUUACCUGUGUGCAAUGAAGGUGACAGAGGAGGACCUGUGGAUCAGGACGUACGGCAGGUUGUUCCAGAAGCUGUGUUCCUCCAGUGCUGAGAUUCCUAUAGGCAUCUACCGUACAGAGUCUCACAUGUUCCCCUCUUCUGAGUUAAAGGAUGGGUACCCACAGUCUCAAGUCUCCAUCAAUGUAGAGGACACUGGCGGUGAUGAUCAGAGGGACAACAGACGCGAGUCAUGGAAGGAGAAGACCAGAACACACCGGAUGUCCACCACCAGCGAAUCAGAACACCCGUUACUGAGGAAGAAGAGCCUCCAGUGGGCGCGGCGUCUGAGCCGUAAGAACACCAAACCUCCAAGCCGCACCGAGCGGUUCUCACAGCAGCGCCUCAACCUGUACCGGCGCUCAGAGAGACAGGAGCUGUCUGAGCUGGUUAAGAACCGCAUGAAGCACCUGGGACUGCCCACUGUCGGAUAUGAGGAUGUUGCUAAUCUUACCGCGAGCGAUGUCAUGAACCGAGUAAAUCUAGGAUAUUUACAAGAGUUACAGGGCAUUUCAGAGCAGCCGUUAGGAGAGGAGACCAGAACAGGGGCAAACACAGAUGAGAUGAACGACCACCAGAACACUCUUUCCUACGUUCUCAUCAACCCCCCUCCAGACACCAUGCUGGAGCUCAAUGACAUUGUGUACAUUAUCCGGUCUGACCCUCUGGCGGGCCCUAACGUGCCAGAGGAUCCAGCCCAAGGGCAGAGCAGCGGUGGCGGCCGGAUGAGGCAAGACUUUGGCACUGAGACCAGGGACGAGACCCACCUCUGAAACUCCCUCACCUCACCCUGAUUGCCAACCCCCGGCACAAUAUAUAUAUACACACACACACACACACACACACACACACACACACACACACACACACACACACACACACACACACACACACACACACACACACACACACACACAGAGCUGCUAUGGAAGGAUGCAUAAAGACUGCCUCAUCAUUAAUUAACUACUUCACCUCUUGGAGAGCAUCAGACAGGCCCUCUUGGAGAGCAUCAGACAGGCCCUCUUGGAGAGCAUCACAGGCCCUCUUGGAGAGCAUCAGACAGGCCCUCUUUGCAACAGAUAAAACAGAAAGAGUGCACCAGUCACUGGAGGGAGAGAGAGACGGACUGGAAGCACGCCCCCUUCCGGACAAGUAAGCACGCCCCCUUCAGGACAAGUAAGCAACCAGAAGAGAUGAUGAUGUCAGAGGUCCUGUGAUGCUCUUAAUAUUUAGAGGUUAGUUUGAUUUAGCUCGUUCACACGCUUGGUGGAUGGAGCUCGCACUUUAGGACCAAUGGAAAGGUGUCACAAGAGCAAACUCUGCCUUGUAUGGUAUGCUGGUGAGCUCGACCAAGCACACCUGGUGUGUGUGGGGGGACUGUGUAGUUAUCAGUUACGAUAGCAAGUCAUGUACGGAGUUUGGUACAGAAAUGGUUAUUCCUUAUCACAAUGUUAAGACAGUAUUCUUACAAAUCAAUCAUGAUAGUACAUAAGCACUUUUUAAAUGACAUUGAUUUUCGUUUUUUUAUUUCCUAUUUUCAAUGUAGAAAACAUUGUAUCUUAUAUAGGGACCCUUUUACUGCUCAUGCUGGAUGUUUCCCCAUUUUGUUUUAUAACAUGACAUUUCUUAUUAGAAGUCUAGAAUAGUAAAGGAAUUGAAGAACCUAUAUAAAUUCUUCCAUGCCACUACAAUAUGUCGCUCUAUUUGUGCCAUAUGGUAUCUGGAUAUUUAUUUUAUAUCUGUCAGUGUUCUACUUAAGCUAAUGUACAACCAUUCCUUAUUUCUGGCAGGAUUUUAUGAAUCAUUGUACAUUACAGUACAAUGAUCCUGAUUUUCAAAGCGGUUUACCGUGGAAAACCGAUGUUGUUUUGCACAAUAAAAGACAGGCACAGGAAAAGUGAACGUUCACUACAAAAUGAAAGUUUGUUAUAUGUUUUCAGAUGUCAAAAGUAAUCCAAUGUAAAGAUGAGUUGGAGUUAACUAUCACUUGAAGUCUGUUAGUAUGGCCAGUACAUGGGCUUGGAGUACAGUGUUGCAAGCUGGAUUCCAAUAUGUCCUUUCACUUAUACAGGAAUCACUUGUACAGUAAAUGUAGUAUUGUGUGUGCUUUAGAUAUUGAAUCAUUAUUUAAGGGUUAGGAGAUGUAUUUAUGUUUUAUUAUUUUUUUUUCGAUACUGUUGGACUAAUAUGUGUGGUUUUAUCAUUGUAAAUAGUCUAACACUUUUAAUCUUCAUUGUUUCGUUACCAAAAAAAUCUGGGUCAUUUUUACAGAAAUUAUAACAAGGUCUUGAAAUACUUUUGCACUAAGCUCUGUGGUCGUUAAGAGCAUUAUAGCAUGACCCUUUAACCCGAAACUAUACAAUAAAACAGACUACAAAAUUCACAGCACAGUAUGAGUCAUACAUUCAGAGAGAGGUGUUAUAAACACAAUAUCAACUUAGUUAAGUUUGCAAAGUUUAAGGUUCAUUGUCAUUGUAAAUGACACAAUAUACUUUGUCCAUUUAGAUGGAAUUUUUGGGGGUGAAGCCAGCAUACAAAUAAACACAAAAAGAGUACACCAUAAUACAUGCAUUUCCUGACUGCAUGAAUACGAUUAGGUUGUUGAGAAAGUUUGUUAUGAUGGAGGAAAGGCAAUUGAUACUUUGAUAUCAGGACUGAAGUUGUUUAAUAUAUAUUUCUUGCUGUGUUUGAGAUGUAUUCCCACGUUGUCCAUUGAUUUACUGUAAGUGUAGAUAGAAUAUGUUUGAUUCUAGCCAGGCCCCCACAGAAAGGCAGUUUACAGAUCUGGAGGACUAAAGAAGAGUACAGUUGAUCACCAUGGAAACAAUGAGCGUGUACAAUCCCAUCAGUCACCAUAUAAUUAGAAUCCAUAGAAAAUCUGUUUGUGGUUUUUGAAGUUUAUACUGUAGUUUAGAAAGGGGCAUGCAAACACAAAAAGCAUGUUUUUAAAUAAAGCUUGCCAAACCAGAUGUGUUUUCCUACAGCUAGAUUGCCGACCUGUGUGAAGUAUCACACCUAGAAAAUGAAUCUGAUGAUAAUAUUCCCCGCUUCUUUUUUGUAAGCAUAUCAUUUGAUAUCUUUAUAUGGAACCAUGCAUGUUCUCCAAAAACCUCUGUUCACUUUAUCAUGUUCUUGAUUCGUUGUGAAAAGGUCAAUUUUCUACUAUUUCUUAUUAUGAAGUCUGUGUACUUCUCUACCAUGAUGUAAAAUAUGAAACAAUAAAUGCUACAUGCAGCAGGGAACAUUGAAA